ACAUUUCUUGACCGGUCUCCUUGAACGACGACGACAACAAUGGUGAUGCUGGCACGUCUCCCACUCCGUAGCUGCCGCGCAACGUCUGGGACGUUAGCGCGGUACAAUGUAUCAUCAAGAGUGGGAACGGCACUUAGACGUUCGUGUGUGCCACUUGCGAGGAUGAUGGCUACUGGUGUACCGUUUGAUAGAAUUGUGGUUAAGAACCCUGUUGUUGAACUUGAUGGAGAUGAGAUGACGAGAAUUAUUUGGAAGAAGAUUCGUGAGGAGUUGAUUUUGCCAUAUUUACAACUUGAUAUCAAGUAUUAUGACCUUGGUAUUGAGAAUAGGGAUGCUACGGAUGACCAGGUGACCAUCGAUUCUGCUGAAGCAAUCAAGGAAUACAACGUCGGUAUCAAAUGCGCAACCAUCACUCCAGACGAAGCUCGCGUAGAAGAAUUCAAGCUCAAACAAAUGUGGCGUUCUCCAAACGGUACGAUCCGAAACAUUCUUGGCGGUACAGUCUUCCGAGAGCCCAUUGUGCUGAACAAGAUUCCGAAGCCCGUACCGGGGUGGAAGAAACCGAUUGUCAUCGGUCGUCAUGCGUUUGGUGAUCAAUAUCGUAGCACGGACUUUGUUGCGCCUGGACCGGGCAAGUUGCAGUUGGUGUUCACCCCUCCAGAGGGUGAGAAGACCGUGUUGGACGUGUAUGAUUUCAAGGGACCGGGGGUGGCAAUGAGUAUGUAUAACACUGAUGAGUCAAUUUCGGGCUUUGCGCAUUCGUCGUUCAAGAUGGCAUUGCAGAAGAAGCUUCCUCUAUUCCUCUCCACGAAGAACACGAUCAUGAAGAAAUACGAUGGUCGCUUCAAGGAUAUAUUCCAAGAGCUCUACGACACACAUUAUAAGCCUCUCUUCGACGAAUCGUCGAUCUACUACGAACAUCGCCUUAUCGAUGACAUGGUUGCGCAAGCGAUCAAAUCGUCGGGUGGCUUCGUGUGGUCCUGUAAGAACUACGAUGGUGACGUGCAGUCCGACAUUCUCGCGCAAGGAUUCGGAAGUCUGGGAAUGAUGACGAGUGAACUUGUUACUCCUGAUGGGAAGACUAUCGAAGCUGAAGCUGCGCACGGAACCGUGACCCGACACUUCCGCGAACACCAAAAAGGUAGAGAAACAUCCACGAACCCAGUAGCAUCCAUCUUCGCAUGGACGCGUGGUCUCCUACACCGCGCGAAACUCGACAAGAACGACGCACUAGCGAAUUUCUGCCGGAACCUCGAAGCGGCAUGCGUGGAAGUGAUUGAUGAAGAUGGGGUGAUGACGAAGGACCUUGCGCUUGCGAUACACGGGAAGGAGAUGCUCCGUGAACAUUGGGUCGUGACGGAUGUUUAUAUGGAUGCUGUUAAUAAAAAGUUGCAGAAGAAGCUCGCAGAGUCCCUGGCAUGAAAAAAACGGAGCACCCUCAAAGAUGCGACGUACUUGUCGAUGACGUCUAUUACGACUGGUACUUCUCCGAAGCAACUCAUCCUCCUUUCCACAUCCAUCUAUAGAUGAUCUACAUAUAGAUGGCUAACAAACACAUUACAGUAACAUACGCCAAGACUUUCUUGCUUACCGCCGCGGACGCAUCUCAAGUCACUCUUACAAUCACAUCACAAUCACAAUCCUGCUAUCCAUGUUCAGUAUCUGACAUGUGUUGUUGUAUUUUAUUCUCGACAUCUUUUUCGCUUCUGUUGUUG